CAUUUAAGUAGGCUAGUAGGAAAGUUAUUCCGAUCAAAUUUGACGUAUGCACAGCGGUCCGCCAUUCGAUUGAAAGUAAACAGCCAGAUCGGAUCUCGUUGACCUUUUUAAAUAAAGUAAAGAAACUUGAAAAACUGCCAAAAUGCCAGUUGAUCUGAAUGGGUAUUGGAAAAUGAUUUCCAACGACAACUUCGAGGAGUACUUGAAGGCACUCGAUGUAAAUGUUGCCAUUAGGAAAAUUGCCACCUUGUUGAAGCCUGACAAAGACAUUAGUCACAAUGGUGACCACAUUGUCAUCAAGACGCUGAGUACCUUCAAGAACUACAACAUGGAUUUUUAUGUUGGCAAGGAGUUUGAGGAGGAUCUGGCUGGGGUCGAUGACAGAAAAUGCAUGACCACUGUCUCCUGGGAUGGGGACAAGCUGGUGUGUGUCCAGAAGGGAGAGAAGGAGGGCCGAGGCUGGACCCACUGGGUGGAGGGAGACCAGCUUCAUCUGGAGCUGAGGGUUUGUGGGGUUGUCUGCCAGCAGGUCUUUAAGAAAACCUAAACCGACAGUGGAACAACAGAACAUCGCACGCUACCUGUGAGCGCAAGAAGGACACGGACACAACCCAAUGACAUAUAGAACCACCUAUGACACUAAUCCAUUUCUCUGUUCAUCCAUCCAGACAACAGCCUUCUUGACUUCCAUCCAUCCUUACACUUUUAAUUCCAUCCAGACUGCUAGCCCCCUCCCCCACCUCCCCCACCCACAAAGUCAAACUAUCCACAACAGUGCUGAUGGACAUGUGGCAUCCUAAAAGGAAAACUGGGCCUUCUUUCUCUUUUGUUUUCCAUUGUAUUCAUCAUUGUACUGUACGUCUGUCUCAGGGCAGGUGCUCCUGUGUUUAACAUGUUGUCUGUGUGUGAACCAAUUAACACUGAGGUUGGGGCAGUAGGCAUCGCAACUAGUUCCUUGGUCUCUGUUGAUAUCUGUUACCUUGACCAAUAGGAUUGAGGGAUUCAGUGGCAUGGAAGGGGAAAUUACGGUAAGGGUUGAACAUGAGAAAGCGGAGAGAGACAGUGUAGUGGCGUCAUUGUAGCCAUCUUGGUAAAAACCUCUGCAAGUAAUAAUGUUUUCCUGAAAUGACAGCAGAUUUUUUUCUGUUUUUCCUUCUCAGUGAAUUUUGCAGUGUUCCCCUGAUAGGAAAAUGUAUCAAUGAAUUCCUCUUUUCUGUCAUGUACAUUGUGUCUUUUACUAAUGUAAAGGCAACUAAUUUGUGCCAUGACAUAAACAACAGAAAAUGUUGUGUAAAAACAUCAGAAUAAAGACUUGAGUUGCCACUGA